AUGUUGCGGACAGUAUCACGAACCGUCGCCCGCCAGAGCCGAACCCUCCGAACCCCCUCCCACGCCCACCAGCUGUUGCGACCCAUAUCCACAACCGUAUGCCGCAUGUCGAGCACUACCCUCAAACCCGUAGAACCUCCCGUGUCGUCUGCGCUCCCUGCAGACUCGUUCCAGCUGCUACCGGAGGCGGACAAGGCAGGACAAGCCGAAGAUGCCCUCUUCGAGGAGCAGGUGCAGCAGGUGAGGGAUUGGUGGGCCUCACCACGAUACAAGGGAAUCAAGCGCCCAUACUCGGCAGAGGAUGUCGUGAGCAAGAGGGGUGCGCUGCAACAGACAUAUCCGAGCUCACUGAUGGCGAGGAAACUCUUCAACCUGUUCGAGGAGCGCGCUGCAAAGGGCGAGCCCGUCCACACAAUGGGUGCCAUUGAUCCCGUGCAAAUGACCCAGCAGGCUCCCAACCAGGAGGUUCUCUACGUCUCCGGCUGGGCCUGCUCGUCAGUCCUCACCACCACCAAUGAAGUAUCUGCCGACUUUGGCGAUUACCCCUACAACACCGUCCCGAACCAGGUCCAGCGUCUGUUCAAGGCGCAGCAGCUCCAUGACCGGAAGAACUGGGAUAACAGGAGGAAGAUGACCGCCGAAGAGCGCGCAAAGACUCCCUACAUUGACUACAUGAGGCCCAUCAUUGCCGACGGAGACACUGGCCAUGGAGGUCUCUCCGCCGUCAUCAAGCUAGCCAAACUCUUCGCCGAAAACGGCGCCGCAGCCGUGCACUUUGAGGACCAACUCCACGGCGGCAAGAAAUGCGGCCACCUCGCCGGCAAGGUCCUCGUCCCCGUCGGCGACCACAUCAACCGCCUCGUCGCCGCCCGCUUCCAGUGGGACAUGAUGGGCUGCGAGAACCUCGUCAUUGCGCGCACCGACUCGGAAAGCGGCAAGCUCAUCAGCAGCGCCGUCGACGUGCGCGACCACGAAUUCAUCAUGGGCGUGACCGAAGAGACCGAGCCGCUGGCCGAGACGCUGCAGAGCAUGGAGGCCGCGGGUGCGCCGGGCAAGGAAAUCGAUGCCUUUGAAGCCGCGUGGGUGAAGAAGCACAAACUCUCCACCUUCGAUGAAGCCGUGGAAGCGCACCUCAAGAAAGAGGGAGCCUCCCAAUCGACCAUCGAUGCGUACCUUGCCGAAACCGCCGCAAACCCCAACCUCUCCCUCCUCAAGCGUCGCCAGCUUGCGGAGAAAUACACAAAGACGCCCGUCUACUUCAACUGGGACAUCCCGCGCACCCGCGAAGGCUUCUACCAUUACAAGGCCGGUAUGAAGGCGGCGACGAAGCGCGCAAAGGAGUUUGCGCCGUACGCCGAUCUGCUGUGGGUCGAGACGGCGGAUCCGAACGUGGAGAAGGCGGCCGGUUUCGCGGCGGAGAUUCGAAAAGAGCACCCGGGAAAGAAGUUUGUGUAUAAUCUGAGCCCGAGCUUCAAUUGGAUGGGUCAGGGCUUCUCGGAGGAGGCGCUGAAGAAUUUCGUCUGGGAUUUGGCGAAGCAUGGCUUCGUCCUCCAACUCAUCUCCCUCGCCGGCCUACACAGCACCGCAACCAUCACCUGCGAGCUCUCCCGCGCCUUCAAGGACGAGGGAAUGCUGGCAUAUGUCAAGCUCGUCCAGGCGCGCGAAAAGGAACUCGGCUGCGAUGUCUUGACGCAUCAGAAGUGGAGUGGUGCGGGUUACAUUGACGGGAUCCUGGGAUCCAUUCAGAGCGGUAGUAGUGGGAGUAAGAGUAUGGGCGAGGGGAAUACUGAGGCUGAAGUUCGGCAUUGA